UGAUGCGUUCAGCUUUAAAUAUUUUUACCUUGUGCAGUGUUUUCGUCAGUGUUGUUGCCAGAGAAGCGGUGAAACCACCUGAUGACGUCGCUACUGAGCUGAAGCGUGUUGGAACAGGUGUCAUAGCGUCGGAGAACACGUCCACACACAGCGGUCUGCCAUGCAGCAUUGAUACGCAAUAUGAUUUGCCGAAGCCGAACCUACCGCAGCCACUGUAUGUCCGUCCAAACUCAACAGAGUACUGGCUGCCAAACAACGACGGUUUCAUCGAGGUACCACAAGGCGCCAGCAUAGAGUUGAUUUGCACCGCACCUUUCGCAAAUGCCACCACAAAUACGGCAGGUAUAUCGCGAAGGAAGCGUUCCAUCCGCCCGCGCUGCUUACAAGGCACCACAUUCACGCUGAACGGCGAAAAGUACGAAUUUCGGCAAUUUCUCUGUACGCAGCCGGUGAAAUACACUGUCGAGCGCACAGCGCAGACCUGCGCCAACAACAGCGCUCAGCUGUAUCGCGUUGGCUACAAUUUGACGAGGACACAUUUCCUGGAAACCAUGCAGGUUUGUCACGACGACGACGAACUGCGCACGCAUUAUGUGCGUUACACGCUCCAGCCGGCAAACCAAUACUAUCAGCCCGGCGUAAAGCGUUUAAGCUUCUCGAAAGCUAGGCAUUUCACGGAAUACGACAUGAAUUACUUCUACUCUCAGAAGAAUCAACAACAACAGGCCGCACAGUUGUUGGGCAGCGAAGCGCAUGCGCAAACCUGUUUCGAUAAGAAGUCACUCUUUCUAUCGCGCGGUCAUCUGGCUGCCAAAGCCGAUAUGAUCUAUGCCACACAGCAACGCACCACAUACACUUUCUUCAAUGUCGCACCCCAGUGGCAGUCGUUCAAUGGCGGACAAUGGGCCACAUUGGAGGAGCGCGUGCGUGCCUCUGUCCAAAAAUUUAAGCACCCGGUGACCUGCUAUACCGGCACAGUGGGCGUAAUGCAACUGAGAACGGUCAGCGGCAAUAUGUCUCGUCCUUACUACUUGUCGUACGAUAAGAAUAAUAACGGUUUGUUGCCGGUACCGGCUCUGUACUUUCGCAUCAUUGUGUCUGCGGAUGGACGUGCUGGCAUCGUGCUGCUGGGCACUAACGACCCAUUUGCUACAAUGCGCGAAAUUCGCGAGGAAUAUGUGAAAUGUACGGAUGUGCGCGAGCAAGUGCCUUGGCUUAAAUGGAUGCGCAAUAGUGAAGAGACCUUAAAGAGUGGAUACUUGUAUGCCUGCAGAGUGGAUGAGUUCAUAAAAGUGGUGCCGAUUCUGACGGCGCAGCUCGCUGAUGUGACUGAGUUGUUGAUACAAAGUUAACGGGGGCUGAGGUGCUGAAUGUGACGGGCCUAUAUGAAAGGCCUGCUGCUUGUUCCCCCACUACUGAAUCCCUUUGACGAAUACAAUCCUCACAAGAAUCAGCUGUUCCAAUUUUAGUGAUUAA